GGGGGACGCAGAGAUUACCUCGUACAAUUGGAGUGUCUUUGGCAAAAGAACUAAUCUUCUCUGCACGUGUUGUAGAUGGUGAGGAAGCAAAGUCAAUAGGAUUGAUUAGCCAUGUGGUAGAACAGAAUGAAGCAGGGGAUGCUGCUUACAGAAGAGCAUUAGCUCUGGCGAGAGAAUUUUUACCUCAGGGACCAGUAGCAAUGAGAGUUGCAAAGCUGGCAAUCAAUCAGGGGAUGGAGGUUGACUUAGUAACAGGUUUAGCAAUUGAAGAAGCUUGUUAUGCUCAGACUAUUCCAACAAAAGAUAGAAUUGAAGGUCUUCUUGCGUUUAAGGAGAAAAGACCUCCUCGCUACAAGGGAGAAUAAAAGAAACUGAUGCCUUUAAAAUACAGUGGGAUAAAAGUACUGCUGUGAGGACCAUUAAGGUGCACUUUGCAUCCGCACAUGGAAUAUCAUAACCACCAAAGUAAAAGCAAAUCAGACUGAUGUUACAACAUUUUGAAUGUGUCCGUAUUUGUACUGGGCCUAGAUAGAAGUGUGCGUCAACUCAUGCUCAUUAUAGUUUCUGAAGGUUGAUCUCUGUCUUGGCAAGGUCACAGGUUCAUGCAUCAUUUUUAAACUUUUAUGCAUUGAAACAUACUGCUACUCAACUUAAAAGCUCUGUAAAUUCUUUAUAUAGACAAACUGUAUAUGUAAUGUUAAGUGUAAAUCUGCUGUGUCAUUUUAUCAAAACAAAAGCGACUACUGAACACCAAAAAUAAAAACUUGUACCAAAUAUGCAUUAGAAUGAUUCUAUAUAUCAUUAAAAAUUAUAUUUGCAUAUUUUACCUGAAUAUGUAUAUUAUUAAUAAAGCUAGGGGAAAUGAAAAGGGUUAUUGUUUGGAAAA